UACAAAAUAUUUGUAAAAUUGCGUCUAUUAUUUCUUUGUUUUUCAUGGUGGUUUCAACGGUUGUUGUUCCUGUAUGUUCCCGAAUCAACGAAUUUACUCCGGCACCGAAUCUUAACCCUCCAUUCUAAUGACUUUCACCAGCAGUGAAUGGCUCGAUUUCAUUCUCGGUUUCUCCAUUUCUUCUCAUUCGUCUUCUACACCACCCUCAUCUCUCUUUCCUCUUUGGCCCUCGAAUCGGAUUUUUUGGUAAUUGAUUCGGAUUCGGAAGCUCUUUUGUUCCAUCAAGACUACUCUCCGCCAGCACCUCCUCCGCCGCCUCCUCACGCCCCAUCGGUAUCUUGCACUGAAGAUCUCGGCGGGGUAGGUUCCCUGGAUUCCACGUGUAAGAUUGUGGCCGAUGUGAACCUCACUCGUGACGUGUACAUAGAAGGGAAGGGUAAUUUUUACAUCCUCCCCGGAGUUAGAUUCCAUUGCCCCUCAGCGGGAUGUUCCCUAACCCUAAACAUCAGCGGAAACUUCUCUUUAGGGGAAAAUUCUACUAUAGUUACUGGUACUUUCGAGCUCGCGGCUUAUAACUCUAGUUUUUCCAAUGGCUCCGCCGUGAACACUACGGGAUGGGCCGGGGACCCACCGCCUCAGACGAGUGGGACCCCUCAGGGAGUGGAGGGAGCGGGCGGAGGUCAUGGGGGCCGCGGUGCGUGUUGCUUGGUGGAGGAUGGGAAGUUGCCGGAGGAUGUCUGGGGCGGAGAUGCUUAUUCGUGGUCAUCAUUGCAGGAGCCUUGGAGUUAUGGGAGUAAGGGAGGGACGACAAGUAAGGAGGUGGAUUAUGGAGGGGGAGGUGGUGGCCGGGUGAAAAUGGAGAUUAAAGGGUUGUUGGAGGUGAAUGGGAGCUUGUUGUCUGAUGGGGGUGAUGGAGGGAGCAAAGGAGGUGGUGGAUCAGGUGGUAGCAUCUAUAUUAAAGCUCAUAAAAUGACUGGAAGUGGCAGGAUAAGUGCUUGUGGAGGUAAUGGUUUUGCCGGUGGGGGUGGUGGAAGAGUUUCAGUUGAUGUUUUCAGUAGGCAUGAUGAACCAAAAAUUUAUGUACAUGGAGGAAUUAGUCAUGGCUGCCCUGAUAAUGCUGGUGCUGCUGGAACCUUUUAUGAUGCUGUGCCCCGGAGCCUUACUGUUAACAAUCAUAAUAUGUCAACAGAUACAGAAACUCUUCUUCUAGAGUUUCCUUAUCAGCCACUUUGGACUAAUGUCUAUAUUCGAAAUCAUGCCAGGGCAACUGUUCCGCUGCUUUGGAGUCGUGUCCAGGUGCAAGGACAGAUAAGUCUACUAUGCAGUGGGGUGUUGAGCUUUGGGCUAGCACAUUAUGCUUCAUCAGAAUUUGAAUUGUUGGCAGAAGAACUGUUAAUGAGUGAUUCUGUACUAAAGGUCUAUGGGGCUUUACGCAUGACUGUGAAAAUAUUCUUGAUGUGGAAUUCCGAAAUGCUUAUAGAUGGGGGUGAAGAUGCGACUGUUGCAACUUCAUGGCUCGAGGCUAGUAAUUUAGUUGUUCUCAAGGAAUCAUCAGUCAUACAUUCAAAUGCGAAUCUGGGAGUACAUGGUCAAGGUUUAUUGAAUUUAUCAGGACCAGGAGAUAAGAUUCAAGCACAACGACUGGUCCUAUCACUAUUUUACAGUAUUCAUGUUGGACCUGGAUCUGUUUUACGUGGUCCCCUAGAGAAUGCAUCAUCUGAUGCUGUCACGCCAAAGCUUUAUUGUGAGCUCCAAGAUUGCCCCAUUGAACUACUUCAUCCUCCUGAAGAUUGCAAUGUGAAUUCGUCUCUGGCUUUUACUCUUCAGAUAUGCCGAGUUGAGGAUAUCACUGUUGAAGGUCUUAUUAAGGGAUCUGUCGUUCAUUUCCAUCGGGCAAGAACAAUAUCUGUACAGUCUUCUGGAAUAAUCAGUGCAUCUGGAAUGGGAUGCACAGGUGGCGUGGGUAAAGGAAAUUUUUUAGACAAUGGUAUUGGCAGUGGUGGUGGCCAUGGUGGUAAAGGGGGGCUUGGAUGUUAUAAUGGAAGUUAUGUUGAGGGUGGUAUUUCAUAUGGGAAUUCAGAGUUGCCCUGUGAACUUGGUAGUGGAAGUGGAAACGAGAGCUCAUCUGAUUCAGCUGCUGGAGGUGGUGUUAUAGUGAUGGGUUCUGUGGAACAUCCACUGUCAAGUUUGUCUGUUGAGGGUGCUUUGAGGGCUGAUGGAGAAAGUUUUGAAGAAACUGUCUGGCAACAAGAGUAUUCUGUUUCUAAUGAUUCAAGCAUAGCUCCCGGGGGUGGCUCUGGUGGUACUGUCCUUCUGUUUCUGCACACAUUGACUCUUGGCGAAUCUGCUCUUCUUUCAAGUGUUGGAGGAUAUGGUAGUCCCAAAGGGGGUGGUGGUGGAGGAGGGGGAAGGAUUCAUUUUCAUUGGUCAGACAUUCCCACUGGAGAUGUGUACCAGCCAAUUGCUAGUGUGAAGGGAAGCAUCUAUGCUAGAGGAGGAUUUGGUGGAGGCGAGAGUGGAGGUGGAGAAAAUGGAACUGUGACUGGUAAAGCUUGUCCAAAGGGACUUUAUGGGACAUUUUGUAUGGAAUGUCCUGUUGGUACUUACAAGAAUGUUAGUGGCUCUGAUAGCUCUCUCUGUCAUCCUUGCCCUGCUUCAGAGCUUCCCCACCGUGCCAUUUAUAUUGCUGUUCGAGGUGGUAUUGCUGAAACCCCUUGUCCUUAUGAGUGCAUUUCAGACAGAUAUCAUAUGCCACAAUGUUAUACAGCCCUCGAAGAGUUAAUUUACACAUUUGGGGGACCUUGGUUAUUUUGUCUUCUACUUGUGGGUCUUCUCAUCCUCUUAGCACUGGUGCUUAGUGUUGCACGAAUGAAAUUUGUUGGGGUUGAUGAAUUACCAGGCCCAGCUCCCACUCAGCAUGGCUCUCAGAUAGAUCAUUCUUUCCCAUUCCUGGAGUCAUUGAAUGAGGUAUUGGAAACCAAUAGAGUUGAGGAGUCACGGAGUCACGUGCACAGAAUGUAUUUCAUGGGUCCUAAUACUUUCAGUGAACCUUGGCAUCUGCCCCACACUCCUCCUGAAGAAAUAAAAGAGAUUGUAUAUGAGGGUGCAUUCAACACAUUUGUGGAUGAGAUUAAUUCAAUAGCUGCUUACCAGUGGUGGGAGGGUGCAAUUUACACCAUUCUUUCUAUUCUUGUGUAUCCCCUUGCUUGGUCAUGGCAGCAGUACCGCCGGAGAAUGAAAUUACAACGAUUACGUGAGUUUGUUCGAUCAGAAUAUGAUCAUGCUUGCUUACGUUCUUGCCGUUCGCGGGCUCUCUAUGAGGGGCUUAAGGUAUCUGCUACUUCUGAUUUAAUGCUGGCUUAUGUGGACUUCUUCCUUGGUGGAGAUGAAAAGAGAACAGACCUUCCACCUGGCCUCCCUCAAAGGUUUCCUAUGUCUAUAAUUUUUGGAGGUGAUGGAAGUUAUAUGGCUCCAUUUUCCCUCCAAAAUGAUAACAUUCUUACCAGUCUUAUGAGUCAGUUGGUGCAACCAACUACUUGGUAUCGACUGGUGGCUGGUUUGAAUGCACAAUUGCGCUUGGUUCGUCGUGGACGGUUAAGAGUAACAUUUCGAUCUGUCCUCCAAUGGCUUCAAACGCAUGCUAAUCCUGCUUUGAGAGUCCAUGGUGUACGCAUUGAUCUUGCCUGGUUUCAGGCUACACCUGGUGGUUAUCGCCAAUAUGGACUUUUGGUGUAUUCUAUUGAAGAGGAAAACGAGCCUAUAUCAUUGGGAAAUACUGAUGGAGGAAUCAGAACCGAGCUUCUUUCACGUAUGAAGACCACAUACCGGCAAAAUCAAUCUGGUUAUCGAAGAGAAGAUGCACUUUUAACCCAAGGUCAUCGAAGCAGUGAAGGUUUUGCAAGGCGGAAGAGGAGUUACAGAGGGCUUAUAGAUACUAACAGCUUACAAAUGCUUGAAGAGAAGAGAGAUAUGUUUUACCUUCUCUCUUUCAUAGUCCAUAAUACUAAACCUGUUGGUCACCAGGAUCUUGUUGGCAUAGUCAUAUCAAUGCUACUUUUAGGAGAUUUUAGCUUAGUGUUGCUUACUUUCCUCCAGUUGUAUUCAAUAUCAUUGGUGGAUGUCUUUCUGGUUUUGUUUAUUUUACCUCUUGGCAUUAUUCUUUCGUUUCCUGCUGGCAUAAAUGCUUUAUUCAGUCACGGUCCAAGGCGUUCUGCAGGUCUCGCACGUUUCUAUGCUUUGUGGAAUAUAACAUCCUUGAUUAAUGUGGGUGUUGCAUUUCUUUGUGGAUAUAUUCACUAUAAAAGUCAGUCAUCAUCAAGUAAACAGAUCCCGAACAUUCAGCCAUUGAAUAUUAACAUAGAUGAAAGUGAAUGGUGGAUUUUUCCAGCUGGACUGGUUUUGUGUAAACUUUUCCAAUCACAACUUAUAAAUUGGCAUGUUGCGAAUCUAGAGAUUCAAGACCGCUCAUUGUAUAGUAAUGAUUUUGAGCUAUUUUGGCAGUCAUGACCAUCAUCAUGUCAAAGAGAUACUUACACAUUAACAAGGUUCUUUUGUUCACUUUUAUACUGCUCUAGUUUUUGUAUGUAAUUUGAGGGGAACAACUGAGUUCUUGACACAUAAGUAGAAAUAGAAACAAAGGAGAAAAAAAAAAAGAAAAACCAAGAGAUAGAGUGAGAGGGGCAUUCAUUCAUGUAAGCUCUCACGUUAUUCCUUUAAUUUUGGGAGUUCCAAUGUAAAUAAAGAAUUGGAGUACACUAAUGCUUUAGAGAAUUCAUUUGUAUAUCUCUUCGGUGCUAAGUUUGUCAUAUCAAUCUACCUUGUGAAGCUUCUUUA